GCUCGAAUUGAGUUUCUGACCAGUUUAAUCUGAAUCUGACAUUUGAUCAAAACCCAGCCCCGUCGUGUUGCACCACCCUUCACAGCACUAUCGAGAUGUCCAGCCUACCAAGCCAAGCCACCACUACCACCACCACCACUCGCCGAGCAGCAGUUGCUAGUAGAUUGAAGCCAUCGAUUGCCCAAUCGAUCAUCAGACCACAGAACCUCUCAACUAACAUCUUCACCAGCAGCACCAACAAGAAACAAGCAAAGACCAACGACGACCAGGAGAACAACAAGCAACCCACUCCUUCCGCCAAUCCUGCAGCAGCCUUCUCCUCCUCCUCGCAGUUCCCAUUCUCAUUCCCUCAUCUCGCCGGACUCGGUCUCGCAAUGGCUUCUAACACUCUCAACUCCAACGAUCACCACCAUCAUCAUCAUCAUAACAUGGAACACUCCUCUCCUGCCCUCGAGCCUGAGGUUAUGAAUCAUUGUUCGAUGAACAUGGUCUUUAACUCGCAACCAAUCGGUACCUGCAUCGUGUUCCGACAGUUCUACGUCUCAGGCACGAUGGCCUUACUAUUCUACUUGAGCCUAUUAUUUGUGAUAGCCGUAGGGUAUGAGUAUCUAAGACUAGCGAGCAACCGAUUUGAGAGGAUGAUCCAAGUCAAGCUGAGCGGAGGGGCUUCCAAACGAGCCCUCUCUCCCCCACGAAGAGUGUCCUCUAACGAAAACCUGAUCGAUAAUCCUGCGGCUAGUCUCGUCGACGGAUCUAAUCUUAGUCUUAUUAACCCCAAACUCGCUAGUUGGGGUCAGAUCUCCGUCCCCCGCUCAAUCCAAUUAACUCGUAGUCUCUUCUACGUCUCUAAUGUCGCGCUUUCUUUCUUUUUGAUGCUGGUUGUUAUGACCUACAAUGCCCAAAUUAUACUAGCAGUAUUAGCAGGAGCCUUUGUUGGGCAUUUCGUUUUUCAUCGAGAGAUUUCGUUCGGCCAACCCGACAAAGGAAUGGCGUGUCAUUAAUCGGCACAUAACCGGGCCCGAUCUACUCCAGAGCUACAUACCGUUAUAACACAAAACGUGUAUACAUACACACUUUCUGUCUGGCCGUCUCUGCUGCUGUUUGUUUUGGCUCGGAUUUCUCCGUUUCUGUUCUACUAGUCCUACUAUCAACGCUUGCAGACAGUUCCAUCUAUCCACCCACACAACAUAUAACAAAAAAAACGACUCUGAAGCAUUUGUUUGUUUGUCUAUCGACCAUAUCCCACUUUCACCGUUCCCAAUUUCUCCAGCCUCACUCAUGACUACACUCUCUCACAUCUCGUUCUGAAUUGUUUGUAGUCGCGCUCGAACAUCAAUCAUGGUCUGAUACGUAUACCAUCCCAGAAAACAAGAAAAUGUCUGUCUCUUUUGUGCAUGUUGCUUGUGGAUUAGUAAAGUGAAGAUACGAAAUCCAAACCUUUACAAACUCUUCA